GCGCUCCGCCGGCACGGCCCCGGGGAGCGCGAGAGCGGGAGAGCCGGCGAGCCGGGGAGGGAGUGAAGGAGGGAGGGAGAGGGCGCGCCCCGGCUCUCCCUCUGCCCAGUCGCCCGCCCUUCCUGCCGCCACAGCGAGUCGACUUCAGACACCCUGGAGUCCCCUCAGGCUAGCCCGGCGGGCGCGCACCUGCCCGCCGACCCCGACCUCUCUGGCCAGGCGGCCCUUGAGCCCGAGCCUGAGAAGAUGGCCCAGCCGAAGAAGAGCGACUGCCGCUCACCUGUCGGCCUCGACUGCUGUAACUGCUGUCUCGACCUGGCCCACCGCAGCGGCCUCCAGCAGGACAGCAGCGGGAACAACAACAACCCUGGCAGCCCCACCGUGAGCAACUUUCGGCAGCUGCAGGAGAAGCUGAUCUUUGAGAAUCUCAAUACCGACAAGCUCAACAGCAUAAUGCGGCAGGAUUCGCUGGAGCCAGUGCUGCGAGACCCCUGCUACCUGAUCAACGAGGGCAUCUGCAACCGCAACAUCGACCAGACUAUGCUCUCCAUUCUGCUCUUCUUCCACAGUGCCUCUGGAGCUAGCGUUGUGGCCAUAGACAACAAGAUUGAGCAGGCCAUGGAUCUGGUGAAGAAUCAUCUUAUGUAUGCUGUGAGAGAGGAGGUGGAGAUCCUGAAGGAGCAGAUCCGAGAGCUGGUGGAGAAGAAUUCCCAGCUGGAGCGUGAGAACACCCUCCUGAAGACCCUGGCAAGCCCAGAACAGCUGGAGAAGUUCCAGUCCCGCUUGAGCCCUGAAGAGCCAGCGCCCGAGGCCCCGCCAGCACCUGAGGCCCCUGGUGGCUCUGCGGUGUAAGUGGCUCUGUCCUUCUGGUGGGCAGAGCCACAAAACCUGUUCUACCUAGUUCUUUCCAGUUUGUUUUUGGCUCCCUAAGCGUCAUCUCACGUGGAGAACUUUACACCUAGCAUAGCUGGUGCCAAGAGAUGUCCCAAGGACAUGGCCACCUGGGUCCACUUCAGUGACAGACCCCUGACCAAGAGCAGGUCUCUGGAGGCUGAGUUGCAUGGGAACUCAUAAGCCCAAGCCAGUGAGCCUCUAAUGCUCCCAGGCCCUGGGGGCUCCCAGGGCCUGGGUAACUUAGACGCAACUGGCAGAGGAGAAGAGGUAGUCAGAGAAGAAAUGCCAGUUUGCUGUAGAAAGUAUAAGGGGUCUGUUUUUUUUCAUUUCCGUGGACAUUUUCAACAUCACCCGACAACAACUGUUCCUAUGAAGAAGCCACUUGUGUUUUUAGCAGAGGCAACCUCUCUCUUCUCGCCCUGUCUCGUGAAGGCAGGGUCCCAGAUGGGAGAGAUUGAGCCAAGCCAGCCUCUGUUGUUUCGUAGGAUAUACUGCAUGGCUUUGUGCACAGCCCAGUGUGGGAUUACGGCUUUGGGAUGACCGCUUACAAAGUUCUGUUUGGUUAGUAUUGGCAUAGUUUUUCUAUAUAGCCAUACAUGCGUAUCUAUACACAUAGGGCUAGAUCUGUAUCUUAGUGUAGCGAUGUAUCCAUACACACAUACACUUACACGUUGAACAGCCUGACCAGCUUUGGAAGCUGGUUCCUGAUCUCUUAUGGCUAAUUUUGGACUGUGUUCAUUUCUCCAGUCGAUCUAGUUUGUUCUUGAGGUUUACGUGAGAUGCCAGAGUGAAGCUAGGGAAGGGGCCAGCCUCAGAGUGCAGACAUGGAUGCCUUGCCUACUGUCACCCGUGUGCCCCCCUCCCUACCCCCCAGAAGACACGUACGUGACGUCCUGUAUGGAACGCCAUUCACUGGUGCUGAAUACAUAGAAUGGGGUUGAAAGGAGAUCAGCUGGGACUUCACAGUGUCCUUUGAAACACAUUUUUUUCCCUGAGGGGGGAGAAUGCUGGUGAAAAACUUUCAAGAGAACGAAACAACUGGUGGGCUAACAUCCUCUUGUGGACAAGGACUGGAUGGGGGUAGCUUUUGGACCUGACGGGGCCUGGGUCAUGUGCUCAGGGAGCUUGUCAGGUGAGGGGAGGGGGUUCUAUAGCAGUGAACACUUUCCACUUUCUGACACCUAAUCCUGAUAAAUGUGUCCAGGAUUUGGAUUUUGAUUUUUCAGAUGUAGCUUGAAAUUUCAAUAAAACUUUGCUCUUUUUUUUUUCUAAAA